GGCAGCUCCCUCAGAGGGAGACAAGGGGACCCACAGUCCACCCUGUUCACUCCCAGUACAUGUCAAAGUUGACUUUUCCUCACCUGGUUUGUCUGUAAAUGUGACUGGUCGUUUUAUUUCCACCUUUCUGCGUAAAGAAAAGCUGAUUUUUAAGACUUUCUUGGAGCAGCUGCUGCGUUCAAGGAGCUUCCAGCGUCUCUCCGGUCUCUGUCACCAUGGGGAUCAAAGCGGCUCUGCCCAGAUAUGAGAUCUACUUCUACAACACGGUGCUGUGUGUGGCCAUGUUCUGGGCUGCCAGCUGGAUCUUUGAGCUGUCCAGCAUCAAUGCAAACAGAAAGACCUUCAAAGGCAGCGUGAAGCCAGGAUGGUACUACUUCGGGAGGAAAAUGGACACAGCUGAUUUUGAGUGGAUGAUGUGGUUCUCCACCUUCAGAGACCACAUCCUGUUUGCUCUCUCUGGUCACGUGCUGUUCGCUAAGAUCUGCACCAUGCUGGCUCCACAGUACAGGUCCUUGGUGUACCUGGUGUACGGGCUGCUGGCUGUGUGGACCAGCAUGGGCUGGACCUAUGUCACCCUCAUGCUGUCUCACUGUAUCCUGCUCUACAGCAUCUCCUUAGUGAAGAUACGCUGGCUUUGCUUCGUCACUGGUCUCUGCACCCUGGCUUCCUUCAAGUGUGAGCCCUUCGUGUCCUGGCAGGCCGGUUUUGUGGAUGGGGACUUUGAGCUGCGUCAUAUUCUCUUCUAUGGAGGUUGUGGCUUCACCAUAAUGCGCUGUAUGAGCUUUGCUCUGGAGAACUGUGAGAGGAAAGAAGGGAACUACAACAUCAUCGAGCUGCUCAAGUACAACUUCUACCUCCCAUUCUUCUACUUUGGGCCCAUCAUGACUUUUGACAAGUUUCAUGUUCAAGCCAACAAGUCUGACCUGACCAGGAAAGAGCGGGAGAUGUGGAACAUCAACAUGCAGGGCCUGAUUUACCUGGGAGUCAUCUUUGUGGUGGACGUCCUCUUUCAUUUCAUGUACAUCCUCACCAUCCCCACAGACAUGAAGCUGCUGAAGCACGUCUCAGACUGGGCUGUCGUGGGCCUGGCUUACUUUAACCUGGUGUAUGACUGGGUGAAAGCAGCCGUCAUGUUUGGAGUCAUCAACACUGUGUCCAGACUGGAUCACCUGGACCCUCCAAAGCCCCCCAAGUGCAUCACCAUGCUCUAUGUGUUUGCUGAAACACAUUUCGACAGAGGGAUCAACGAGUGGCUGUGCAAGUAUGUGUAUGAUUACCUGGGUGGAAAACACCAGAAUGUGGUGGAGGAGCUGGUGGCGACGCUGUGCACCUUCGGCGUCACCAUCCUGUGGCUGGGACCCUGCGAGGCCGUGCUCAUCUGGGCUUUCUUCAACUGUUUCGGCCUCAACUUUGAGCUCUGGGCAGCCAAGUUCUUCUCCAUGGAGCCCUUUGCUUCCUUUGAGAUGACGAUAUCUGAAGCAAUGUCCCGCCGAAUCAGAGCCGUGUUUAAUACUUUCAACUUCUGGUGCAUCGUACUGUACAACAUCCUGGCUUUGAACAGUCUGGACUUUGCCAAGUUGGUUGCUAAACGUCUGCUUCUCAAAGGCUUCCCUAUAACCACCAUCAUCGUCAUGUUUGUCACCUACUGCCUGAUUCAAGUGAUCAAGGAGAGAGAGAGGAGGCAGGCCCUCAUAGAUGAUCCCGAUCCUCUUCCUCCUCCUCCACCUCCAACCGCUGCCACCAGCCCGCCCGGUGCUGCGGUCGCACCUGCUGUUGCUCAGCCUGCUGCUGACCCCAGCAAGGAGAAGUCUGAGUAGAUCCUCAAUGAGAGCUUCGAGGAUUUAAACAGACACUCGUGUUACCUCCUGUCCAGAUCUCUGAACGUGUUCAUGAUGUAGAAACAGUGUUAGCAUGACGUGUGUAUGAACGUUAGACCGACUGUGCCCCGGUCAUCACUGAAGUCGAAACAUUAGAGAGCUCUAAAGUUUCAAAUCAAAGCAACAAUAAACUGAAAACAUGUGA